AUGGUGUUGUGGGCCGUCAACUCGGCACCUGAGCCGGUAUACUCGGAUGUAGAGAGCUUGCCGACCAUCUUGGCUCAACGCAAGAUCACCAACAUUCGCAAAAAGCAGCUCGUCAAGGCGGCCUCGCGCAACUACGACGAUCCCCCACCACCGCCCAAGCCGGACGAAUGCUGUGGUAGCAGCUGCGAUCCGUGUGUCAAGGCGCUGUGGAGAGAGGAACUCGCGUGUUGGCGCGAAAGGUGGGGUGACGGAGCGCAGGAGACGUCGGCUUCCUCAGCGAAAGAACGAGGAGCAGCGGCGAUAGCAAGCAAGACUACCACCAUUCCCGGCAGCUUUGACUGGUAG